AGGCAGCGGCGGCUGCGACUCGGCGACCGGAAGGCUCGCCUCAGCCCUGUUUUCGGAGGAUCGAGUCCUUCCCUGAGAGGCGCCAUGCGUCCGGAUCAGGCUGUGAUUUGGUACCGGCGCAUGUCAGCGGUGUACGCAUUGGGCGCCUGGACCCUGUUGGGCUCCUUGUUUUUCCUAGGUGGGAAAAAGAGCAAGUUAUCAGGUGAUGAAGUAGAGCAAAAGGAUGUCUCAACAAAUGAAAUACCUGAGCAAAGUGGUGAAAUAAAUGAAAUAACUGAACUCCCAAAAGGGUUUUAUGUGGAAACCAUUGUCACAUAUAAAGAAGAUUUUGUUCCAAUUACUGACAAGAUCCUCAACUUUUGGAAAUCAUGGACCGGUGGCCCUGGACCAGAAUCAUGAUUAACUGCUUAAUUCUGAACUUUGGUUCAGCAUAUACAUUUGAUAGAUGCCUUGGUUUCCAUUUUAUGUUUGUGAAAAGUGUAUUUAAUUUAAUUUUGCUGUAAAAUAUAAUCACUAAUAAUAUGCGAUAAAUAUUUCCUUGUGGAAAAGUAAACUUGCAUAUUCAAAAGAUGUUCCUCUAUACUUCAUGAAUGAAAGGUCGAAGUGACAUUUAGCUUCUACAAUCUCGCUUUUCUGAAACUAGUUCACGAAAUUUAUAUGUCUUUCAUAUUGCUAUCAGACAUGGCUUUAGUGUUCCAUUUAAGAUUAGGUAAUAACUCCCAAAUUAAAUAGAUUCAACCUGUUCUUUAGGACCAGUAAAGAUACUCCUCAUUUUCAGCAGGCAUGGAUUAAACCCCAGUUACAGCUACCAGUAUUCUAGAUACAGAGGACAGUCGGGACAACAUGGUUCCUGAAGUACAGUGCUGCCAAGUACCAGUAGUACCCAAGGAGCUACUGAAGUACAGUACAAGUUUGUUACUUGCAACUUGUUACUUGGUUGCAAGUAACAAACCCACAUAAGUGAUCUUAAAUCAGGGUGUUUAUCAAAAAUGUGUAUAGACAGCUCAGAACUAAAGCAGAGUAUGCUGUAGUCUUAGGAGGGCCUGGUACCAGGAACUAGAAUGUAGCCAGCCACUCAAUGAGCCCGCCUGCUUUUGUUGGACUCAAAUAAACUAGUAAACUCCUAUAAAAAUUUUCUACAAGUUUGGAUGUUCUUAGGUUGACAUAUGUGCCCUUAAAAAUGGCUUCCUAAGUCUCUGGUAACUUGAAACUAAAGUUUUGCUAUCUAAAUGAAAUGAUGGAUGUUCACUGAAUAUUCCAUUUCCAGAUAAGAUAAAAUACUGAAACAUUAAUUACUGAACAUAAGUUUAUCUACCUUUUGCUUCUUAAUAGAGGAACUAAAGAUACUUAGGUCUAUUAGUAAACUUGUUGUGCCACAUUAAAAAUUUUCUUUGUGCUAUGAGGAAAUAUAUAUUUCUAGAAAUUAUGUGUUUAUAAAUUUAAAAGAAUACUGGCAUAACAGUUCACAAUUUGCUUACUCCUUAGUUUUACUAGAAAUUCACAUUUGUAAAAGUUAAGAAUUCCUAUAUAUGUGAUUAAAGGUACAAAAACUAAUAAUAGGGAAAACAACUACGUAUACAAGAAAAAUAGGAUAUAUUUGGUUUGAAAAAAAGGUAUGAGAUGUGUUUUCGUUAAGGGAAGUGAAGUAAUUUGGUCUUGAUUGAUUGGGUAAGAGAACGUGACACACUAAAAGGGACACAAAGUCAAAGAAAGUUUAUGAAAAAGGAAUCUUGAGAAAGGAAAUUUUAUGAGUGGUCAAGCUGAAUAAGAUUGAAAUUAAGUGAAUUUAAAUAUCAAAAGUAAGCUGAUGUAAAAUUAGAGUUUGGUUUUCCCUCUCUGCUAAAAAGGACAAAGUUUUCUAGGUCUAUUGGUCUGCAACUGAUAAUUGUGAAUCAGUUUUCUAUCUAGAAAGCAAAGAUUAUUUUAUUAAAAUAAUUUUCUGUGUUUUACAUUGUCUUAAUCUGGUCCUUGAUAAGAAAACUGAAUUUCUUCAAUAGUAAGAACUACAUUUUGCUAACAGUUAUGUAAACUAUAUUUGUCUUUGAAAUCUUAUUGUCACUUUGCUUAAGUGGAUGAUUAAAUAUUGCUUCAUAAUGA